ACGGAGACGCACGCAGUCGGGUAGACUCACUCUAGAGACAGACAGUGUUGGAAUAGAAAGAGUGGUAAAUACACAGAGAGAGAUGGAGAAGACGGUGAGCGUGAACGUGAGAGCGGAGAUGGAGAAGCUGAGCCCGGAGCAGUUGAAGGCAGUCAAGGAACAAACUGAUUUGGAAGUCAAUCUUCUUCAGGACUCCCUCAACAACAUCCGUACAGCCACCACUCGCCUCGAGAUCGCCUCCUCCGCUCUCCACGACCUCUCCCUGCGCCCUCAGGGCAAGAAGAUGCUCGUCCCUCUUACGGCGUCCCUUUAUGUCCCCGGCACCCUCCACGACGGCCACCAAGUCCUCGUCGACGUCGGCACCGGUUACUUCAUCGAGAAAACCAUGCCUCAGGCCAAAGAUUACUGCGAACGUAAGAUCAGCUUGCUCAAAUCUAAUUUUGACCAGCUUGUCGAGGUUGCUUCUAAAAAGAAGAGCAUCUCGGAUGAAGCUGGGGCAGUUUUGCAAGCCAAGUUGAAGCAGUUGGCUCCUGCAACAUAGUAGGAGGGAGAUUGAUUUUGAAGGCAAAGGAAAGGAAGUUAGUUGCUGCUGGUUGUGCUUUUAUUUUUGGUAAAUUUCUGUAUUUUUUUGGUUCUUGGUUUAGUUGUUAUUUUUAGUUGCUGCUGGUUGUGCUUUUAUUUCUGGUAAAUUUCUGUAUUUUUUUGGUUCUUGUGGAAGUUGUUAUUUUUAGUUGCUGCUGGUU